AUGGAUAUGUUCGCGCCAACAGAUGCGACUCAGUCCACAGGCGAAGGACCUGCUGAAAUUCCAGACCAGCUAUUUUCCAAAGCUACCAUCGUGUACCUUGGUUUCAACAACGAGAAAGCUACCAAGAUCUGGGACGGCUGGAACAACUGGCCUGCAAGUCCACCUCGUCGCGAGAUUGAUCCCGGCGAUGGCGGUUUGGAGGUGUCGUUCCUGGACUGGGUGAAGGGCCACGCCAGCUACGCAAACAAUGUCUGGGAAGAUGAUACAGCAGCUUGGUUGAACUGUUUGCAAACCUGGGGUAUUGCCACCGAAUUACAGGACGCAAUCAUGGACAAGCGUUUCAAGUCCGCUCGACUGUCGGGUACUUGUACUGGUUGGGUCCGCGACACCAUUAAGAUGCGCUACGCCCACAGUGAAUCAGGCCCUUCGGAUCCCGGCGGGCAAAGCAUCCCAAUCAUCAGCUGUAACUCUCCUGAGGCUAUUGCCUCUCAGAGUGCACCGGGUAUGACCGUACUGUAUAGAGCUGUGGAUCAGGGACGAACCAACCGCUUGUUCGACAAUCAAGGCAACCUGGACCAUAUCCCGGUACUGGAUUCCAUUCCAGAAACCGAUUUUAGUAGAAGUAGAACUAUGUACUACUUUACCAACAGCUUCGAGGUGGCCAGGAGAAACGCUGCUUGGAUCAAGAGACGCGCCAAUGGUGGUUCAGUGGUCGUGAUUCGAAUUGCAGUCCGCAAUAUUGUCAUCGAAAACAUGCCCCCAGGCAAAGUUCAGCGCGUCUUCUGGCCGAGCCCUGAGUGGAAGGAGUUGGUUUGGUGGUGCUACAACCGCAAGCAAAUUUACAAAUCCAAGGAGCUUGUCAAGUAUAACGAUGCCGCCCUCAUCAUCGGCACUAUUGCAAACAAGCCUAAGAAUUAUUAUUACAACUAUUCAUCGUCAGCGCAGCUUACUGAGGAUUGCCUGCUCAAAGCCGUGGAUCAAGCAGUUCAAUUCGCUUUCUCCAGCGAAGAGGACGGUGAAUCACUGCUAUUUGAACAAGCGAAAAACACAAUCAAGCUAUUCUCUUUCACGGAAGCCGACCUCGAAGCGUCGAUGAAGGAUAGUGAAUCAUCGCUGGAAAUGACACCAGGCUGUGAAUUACAACCAUAUAUAAAUAAAGAUUGA